GGCAGUGGCAGACCGACUGCUCCCUCGGUUUCUCGCUCUCUGUUACCACCCCACCUUUUCUGUCUCCCAGUACACAGGAGUCUGGAGUGACAUGAAUUUGCGGGAGACCUCUGGCGCGCUCCUGCACCCAGACAGCGAGGUGGAUCCCGGCAAACUCCACAGGUCCGCAAAGUGCGCUAACUUUGGAUUACAGAAACCGGAUUCAGCCGCACUUUGGCGUUCAAGGUGAGACCUGACGGAUCUUGCUGAAAUGGAAGGCAGCGGAAACAGUGACUGGCUGGUGGCUCCAGGGCCCCCUUGUGGCACGGAGGGGGAGGGUAACAACAGCAGGCGCAGCUUUGAAGUAGCGGUGAAGAACAGCUCGUCUGGCCGCAGCCCACUGUUCGCCGGAGUGGAGCUCCUGCAGUCCUUCAAAGGCCUCAUCAUCCCCUGCUACGUGCUGGUGGUGCUGGUGGCCAUGCUGGGCAACUACUUGCUGCUCCACGUCAUCUGUCGCGGCCGGAAGAUGCACAGCGCCACCAACGUCUUCAUCGGCAACCUGGCCUUCUCCGACAUGCUCAUGUGCGCCACCUGUGUGCCCUUUACACUGGCGUACGCCUUCAACCCGCACGGCUGGGUCUUCGGCCGCUUCGCCUGUUACCUGGUGUUCCUCAUCCAGCCCGUCACCGUCUACGUGUCCGUGUUCACGCUCACCGCCAUCGCCGUCGACAGGUACUACGCCAUGGUGCACCCCCUGAAGAAGCGCAUCUCUGUGCCCGCCUGUGCCUACGUGCUGACGGGCAUCUGGCUGGCGUCCUUCGCCCUGGUGGCCCCGGCCGUGGCCCACACCUACCACGUGGAGUUCCGGAAGGAGGGCUUCACCAUCUGCGAGGAGUUCUGGAUGGGCAAGGAGUGGCAGCGGCUGGCCUACGCCUACGGCACGCUGCUCGUCACCUACGUGCUGCCGCUGUCUGCGCUCUGCAUCUCCUACCUGUGCAUUUCUGUCAAGCUGCGCAGCUGCGUGGCGCCAGGCCACCGCACUGAGAGCCAGGUGGAGGUGCAGCGGGCGCGCAAGCGCAAGCUCUUCCGCCUGGUGGCGCUGCUGGUGGCGGCCUUCGGCGUGUGCUGGCUGCCUAUCCACGUCUUCAACGUGCUGCGCGACGUGGACAUCCGGCUCAUCGACAAGCGCUACUUCCUGCUUAUCCAGCUGCUCUGCCACCUCUGCGCCAUGAGCUCGUCCUGCUGCAACCCCUUCCUCUACGCCUGGCUGCACGACCGCUUCCGCGCCGAGCUGCGCAGGAUGCUCGCCUGCCGCCGCGUCCGCCUGCGCAGGCACCGUGUCGACGUGCCUGCGCCGGCCCUCCGCUGUGCCACAGCCAGCGUGGUUCUCUGAUGCGUUUCCGGGGUCAUUUUAAGGGCUGGACUCCAGGCAUGUGCCUGUGUAUCAGGUAAAUCCUCCAGGCCGGCCUUAAACUACUUAAAAUGCAAAUGCUGUUAUCUGAACACUGAAAGAGGUUUUAAAAACAAAUGUGAGGGUGAGGGGCAAGGGAUGAAAACAAGGACAGCACAUCAGUAAAGACCCCUUCCUUUAAUAAUUCCACUGCUCUCGAAUCACCACAUAAUAAUCGCUUCUGUGCUGCCCUGCGUACUGGUGCACCCAGUGAAGUCUACAUGCAAUGCCCCAUAUUUUUACUCCUCUGGGAACCAUGCUGGUGUUAAUGGGCAGGUCACUGGAAUGAGCCCCCCCCCGGGUAUUAUUAAUAGCUAUAGUUUGAAGUGGCGUAAAGUGCAGUGCAGAGCUGUGGUUUUAUGUGCCAGUAAAGCAUUCGUGAUUACUGCUUCUUUGAAGGGUAUCUUUCCAUAUCUGUGCACUAACAUGGGGGAAAGGAAAAAAAAACCUCUAUUAAUUUCAAUUAAAACCCAUAGAAAAAAUCCCUUUAGACUGAUUAUAGCUGAAAUGAUCCAUCAGACUGCACUAAUGCAGUGGGUGAGGGGUAGUCUGUCGCUAUCCCAUACAGCCCCUUUUCUCUAACUCACUGUUAAAUAACUGCCAGAGCAGCCAUAGUACCUGCAGCUCAGACUCAGUUAUCCACCAGAAGCUAAGCAGGUUUGGGCCUGGCCAGUAAUUGGAUGGGAGACCAACUAGGAAAGCUGGGUUGCUGCUGGGAGAGGUGUUGGCGUGACCAAGAGCCCAUUAAGUGAUGUGGUGAUGGGGACACUGUGCUGUAAAAAUGGUGCCAUGAGAUGAGAUGCAAAACCAAGGUCCUGCCGCCCUGAGGUCAUAAAAGAUCCAUGGGCAUCUUUGGAAAGAGUAGGGGUGGUACCCAGAUCUCCUGGCUAAAAUUGCCCACUGUGGCCCUAUUAGAUCUGCCCCCCUAAUCAUUGCUUAUAUCUAACUGGUGAACUCUCCCCUACACCUUCACCACCUUAGCUACUGUGUGGUGAGCGUACUGGUGCAGAAUGGCUGCUGUCACAUCAUCUAGGUGGGAGCUACACAGUGGCUGCCUAAUUGAUUCAGCAAAAAAAGCACUUCAAGUGUCUUGACACGCCAGUUUAAAUAUUAGUAUCAGUAUUAUGAAAACACCUAACUUGCAAAAAAAGACAUCCGAGUAUGGCCCUCAUACUUGCAGUAUCAAUUGAAUAUGGCGCCUUUAAUACAUCAGCUCUAUCUUUCCACUCCAUAACCUCCCUCACUGCAUGGGUGAGUCCAUAGUGGCCUUCACACUGAUUGUUCUUAAUUCACAGUUGCUGUUUACAUGUCUGUAAUUGUUUUUUUUACAAAAUUAUUAUUAGCAUAAAUUUAAUCAUUUGCAAAACAAACCUGAAGGAAGUUUUUUAAUUUCUACAGGUAACUGCAAU